CCCGUGUUGUCGCCCCCAAAGCAUUCAUUGAACCAUUUCUUGCCAUGUUGUCGCUUCAGCAUGGAGUCAUGGCGUGGAGAAGAGGGGAUGCUCGCAGGUUGGUCCGUUACGCUGCCACAGCAUUGAAUGGGCUUGCCAAGGUGAAGUCAAUUUUGGCCGUGGCAUCUGGCAAGGGUGGUGUGGGAAAGAGCUCGGUUUGCGUGAAUUUGGCCUUUACCAUGCAAAGAUACAUGGGCCUCAAGGUGGGAAUUCUGGAUAGCGACAUCUAUGGCCCCUCACUUCCAUCGAUGGUGCCGGAGAGUGUGGCAGAGAAGGUCUAUGCAUCUGAGAGUGGAGGUAUUUUGCCUCUUCAUUUCCAAGGAGUUCCCCUGAUGUCGAUGGGCUUCUUAAGACCAGGUGAACAUGCCGCCAUCCGAGGGCCGAUGGCAUCCUCUAUGGUAAGGCAAAUGUUGACGACCACAGAGUGGGGUGAGCUAGACGUUCUCCUGGUUGAUUUGCCACCUGGGACUGGUGACAUCCAUCUCACCGUGGCCCAACAGGCGGCGAUCGAUGCGGCCAUCGUGGUGACCACACCGCAGCAGCUCAGCCUGGUGGAUGUGGAGAAGGGCAUCCGCAUGUUUGAUCAGGUCAAAAUUCCGACUGUGGCAAUCGUGGAGAAUAUGUCUUUCUUUCUCUGCGAUGGAUGCGACAAGAGGCAUGAGAUUUUUCAAUCUGGCUCUGGUGAGGCAUUGGCCAGAAACUUUGGGAUUCAACGGUUCUUCCGCCUGCCUUUGACCUCAACAAUGUCUCGUCCAGGAAUGCCUUUCGUUCUCACUGACGAUGCUGCGAGUCAUUUGGUCGCCGAAUAUCAGCGCCUGGCCCAAGAAGCUCAAGCAGCAGUUCGGGAACUUCAAGGCGGCCGGAACCACAUCGGAACUGGGAGGAUUGCAGUGCCACAGUGCUGUUUUCUGGUGAUUUUUGUCAUGACUAGUAAGUAAGGGAAAAACCUCCAACCCCCUGCAUGUACAGUACUACAUGAUCUAACGGUUGAACUUGCUGUUUUCAAUUUGCACUUGCAAAGCUUCCCCGCAUGUUCUAACAACCAAGAUCCUUUGAUUGGGUCCCGCCAUGCACUCGCAUGACCCGUACCAACUAAUACUAUCCAAAUUAAUAACAAUAUCGGCCACCAACUUAUAUGUAGACUUGCUAUAAUACAAUUGAAGUAAAACUUCUCAACCACCCAGAAACGUGGGUGAUGGGUUCAAACCGUGAGAACAAGGAUGGAACAUCAUGAACAUCCUCAAUGGGAGUGUUGCUCUUCGUGGAAAGACGUAAGUCGCCAGCUUCAGCCGACUCGGACAGUCGCACCACUUGAGCUGCCACCCACCACAUGAGGCUCCUUUCGGCCACGGUUGCGGUCGGAAGUGGCGGGUGCAGUGCUGAUCUUGCAGUUGGAGGAUGGGGAGUUUGCCCUGCCUGCGCGAGACGUGCUGUUGGAGUGCCGUUCUGCCAAGAUGCGAGAUGAACUCUCUGGUCGGAAGUUGUUUCGUGAGGAGGAGAUUCCUCAGAACGUGGUGGCACAGGAGCUGCAAACGGCCGGGCGCUAUGCCAUGUAUAUCCUGUGGUCCAACCAACACCGUUCACUGUUUUCCUUCGAGCAUUUGAAAGAGAUUGCCAGGACCAAAGGACAGGUUUGGGGCAAAGAAAAUUGACCGGCUGAGAGUGACUCAGUGAAGCAGUGAAGUGUUUAUAGUGGGGCUUGCCAUGUCCCAGCGCCCACAAUGAACUGUUUGUAGUUUGCCGUAGUUUUGAAUGUGCUGCCCGGGGUUAUCCUGCUAAAGCGUCCAUUUGGCCGACGUGAAGUGGCGUUGGUCGCCCCGGAAAAAGCCGCACGAAAAAGC